AUGAAAAUAACUCUCAAAAGACCUCUCAGCCCAGAAAGUCUUCCGCACCUCUCUCUUUCAGAACUCAACACUACCCCUGCUCAGCUCACUUUCUUUCUGCUCACUGGCGUGCCAGGAUUAGAAGAUAUCCAAAUUUGGAUCUCCAUCCCUUUCAGCUUCAUGUACCUCUUGGCUGUGUUAGGCAACGUGCUGGUCGUGGCAGUGGUGGUCUCUGACCGGAGCCUCCAUGAACCCAUGUAUCUCUUCCUGGCCAUGUUGGCGUUCAACGAUGUCCUCCUCUGUACUGUCACUGUGCCCCAGAUGCUGCUCAUUUUCUGGCAGGGCCCCUUGGCAAGCCCCUUUCCUGCUUGCCUCACACAGAUGUUCUUCGUCCACGCCCUUUUCCUCUCUGAAUCCGCUGUCUUGCUGGCCAUGGCUUUUGAUCGCUAUGUGGCUAUCUGCGCCCCACUGCGUUACACAACCCUGCUUACAGGCUCUCUCAUCGGCAAGGUUGGGCUGGCACUGGUAGCUCGGAGUGUGGCUGUUGUCACUCCCGGGGUUCUCCUUAUUCUCCGCUUGGACUUCUGCUGGAGCAACAUUAUCCGCCACACAUACUGUGAGAAUAUGGGCAUCGCCAAGCUGGCUUGCAACAGCAUUGCCCUAAAUAGCGUUUAUGGACUCUCAGCUGCGCUCCUUACCACAGGGAUGGACUUCGUCUUCAUCUCCUUGUCUUACUGGCUAAUCUUGAAAACAGUCCUACAACUGCCAUCAAGGGAAGCCCGGAAAAAAGCUUUUGGCACCUGCGGAGCACACAUUUGUGUCAUUUUAAUAUUCUACACGCUGGCCUUUUUUUCUUUCUUUACCCAUCGCUUUGGGCACCAUGUCUCCAGGCACACCCUCAUUCUCCUGGCUAAUCUCUAUCUAUUGGUACCCCCAACCAUGAACCCCAUAGUUUACGGAAUAAAAACCAAAGAGAUAAGGAUGCGAGUGGUGGGGCCCUGCUCCCGCCCAAAAUGA